ACCAACUUAUUUGUGGUGGUUUUCUUGUGGAUUUGUCUAUCCUUUCCUUCCUUCUUCAUCUUCUUCAUCUCCGCUUCUUUGCUCAACUCUGCUGUCACCGUAUUCCAUUUUUCUAAGGUGAUCUAUGGCGUCAAACUCAGGAAAUGAUGUGCCAGCAGGUGCUGAGGAGCCCAAAAAUGUCAAAUCAGAGGCGUCCACUGAGCAGCCACAGUCUGGGCAAGGGACACCUCCUGCUUCCGGACCUGGAAUGCCACCAAAUCCUUUUGAUUUCUCAGCUAUGUCUGGCUUGCUUAAUGAUCCAAGCAUCAAGGAACUCGCUGAGCAGAUAGCCAAAGAUCCUUCUUUCAACCAGAUGGCUGAGCAAUUACAGAAAACCUUCCAUGGUGGUCCGGCUGAGGAACCACAAUUUGAUCCCCAACAGUAUUAUUCUACUAUGCAGCAGGUCAUGGAGAAUCCUCAAUUUAUGGCCAUGGCUGAACGUCUUGGUAGUGCUUUAAUGCAGGAUCCAUCAAUGUCUGGCAUGCUCGAAAAUCUGGUAAAUCCUGCAUCUAGAGAUGUGUUAGAAGAACGAAUGGCACAAAUCAAGGAAGAUCCUUCUUUGAAACCCAUAUUGGAAGAGAUUGAGACUGGUGGUCCUGCUGCCAUGAUGAGGUACUGGAAUGACAAAGAUGUUCUUCAAAAGUUGGGGGAAGCUAUGGGUCUACCAGUCACAGGACAAGCAGCUACGUCUGCUGAGCAUUCCCUGCCAGAUGAGUCAGAGGAAGGUGGAAAUGAAGAAGAUGAAUCAAUUGUUCAUCACACUGCUAGUGUUGGUGAUGUGGAGGGUUUGAAGAAUGCUUUGGCAGCUGGCGCUGACAAAGAUGAAGAGGAUUCUGAAGGCAGGACAGCGUUGCACUUUGCUUGUGGAUAUGGUGAGGUUAAAUGUGCUCAGAUUCUUCUCGAGGCCGGAGCUAAAGUAGAUGCUCUAGAUAAAAACAAAAACACUGCUCUUCAUUAUGCAGCUGGUUAUGGUAGGAAAGAGUGCGUAGCACUUCUCCUGGAGAAUGGCGCUGCUGUUACUCUCCAGAACCUCGAUGGAAAGACCCCAAUCGAUGUUGCUAAACUGAACAAUCAACAGGAGGUGCUCAAAUUGCUGGAGAAAGACGCAUUCCUGUAAUUUUGAUGGCAGAUUGUUUAAGUAUGCAUUGUUAAUCAUGAUGUUAUGGUGCAACUGAGGGGACGACAUCCCUUGGCAAACGGAUGAGCUGAUUCUACCGUAGAACUCCUCAAUGCCAUUGCUUUUGCUCGUUUUGCUCAGCGUGCAGUUUGAUAUUUUGGUAUUUUAGUUCAUAUGUUUAUGUAUGUGUGCUAUAAUAAAAACUAUGGUCUCAAAUAUUCAUAUUUGUUCUUCUUUUUACUGAUAUUUUAGUGUGUACCAUUAAUUAUUUCA